AUGCACUUACUCGUCGUGCCCACAUGCUGCUGCUUCCCCACCACUUCGUCCGCGCCGCAACCACCAUCGCUCCCGCGGCAGCUGUCUCGCAGCCUCGGCCACUCCGCGUCGCCGCGCUUCGGCCUCCCCUUCCGCCGGGCCGCGGUGCCCCCCGCCAUGCGCCGCCGCGGGCGACGGAGGGCGGCGGCCCCUCCUCCGGCCGCCGCCGCAUCAGAGGCCUCCAGCGACUCCCCUGGCCCUCCAGGAGGCGAGGACAAGAGAGCUGGUACAGACCUCAAAACGCUAGCUAGAAGAUUUUGGAAAGUCGCCGCCCCUUACUGGUGGUCAGAGGACAAGGUCCAAGCAAGGCUUCAGCUUGCUGGUGUAUUUGCUCUCACGUUGGCGACUACAGGGAUUAGUGUUGGAUUCAACUUUCUGGGUCGUGAUUUCUACAACGCCCUUGCCGACAAGGACCAGGAACAAUUUACCAAGCAACUGCUGUACUACUUGGGAGGUUUCGCUGUAGGAGUUCCGUUCUUUGUCUUGAGGGACUAUGCAAGAGAAACCCUCUCUUUAAGAUGGCGAUCUUGGAUGACGAGUUAUUACAUGAAGCGCUACUUUAAGAACAGAACAUUCUACAAGAUUCAGUCUCAAUCACUAAUAGACAAUCCAGACCAGCGGAUCAAUGAUGACCUAAGUGCAUUCACUGGAACUGCGCUUGCGUUUUCCCUGACACUUCUCAAUGCUGUCGUGGAUUUGGUAUCAUUCAGCAAUAUCCUUUAUGGGAUCUAUCCACCAUUAUUCAUUGUUCUUAUUGUUUAUUCUCUUGGAGGGACCGCUAUUAGUGUCUUCCUUGGUAAGAGUUUGGUCAACUUGAACUUCAUGCAAGAAAAGAAAGAAGCGGAUUUCCGUUACGGGCUUGUCCGUGUUAGAGAAAACGCUGAAUCAAUUGCUUUUUACGGUGGUGAGGAAAAUGAACUGCAACUUCUGUUGGAUCGGUUCAGGAGGGCUUACGAAAACCUAAGUGAAUUACUGAUAGCAUCCCGGAAUCUGGAGUUCUUCACCAAUGGUUACCGAUAUUUAAUUCAAAUCCUGCCAGCUGCAGUUGUUGCUCCAAUGUUCUUUGCAGGAAAAAUCGAGUUUGGAGUAAUAAACCAAUCGGUGUCUGCUUUCAAUCACAUCCUCAGUGAUUUUUCUCUCAUUGUUUUCCAGUUUCAGUCAAUUAGUGCAUUCUCAGCUGUCAUUGAUCGUUUAGGUGAAUUUGAUGAUCUAUUGGGUGAAAAUGAGUCUUCUCUAUCACCCCAACGUGAUAGCAUUGAUGGGAUCAACAUCUCUUUCAAGAGCGGCAGUCCUUCUGUUCUUAGUUCUAAUGGAUCACAAAUGCAAUCUGAGCCAGGCAUAGUUCUAGAGAUUUGUGAUUUGACAUUGUUAACACCUAGGGGUGGAAAUAUUCUUAUCACUGACUUCAGUAUGGAAUUAAAAGACAAGGACCACCUACUGGUGAUGGGACCCAGCGGCUGCGGGAAGACCUCAUUGCUCCGUGCUUUGGCUGGCCUUUGGACUAGUGGCACUGGGAAUAUCAUAUACCAUGCCAGAGAUUCUAGGCAGCUUCAGACAGCAAAUUUAGGUUCUAAUGAGCCAUCCAACAUAAAGCCGGAGGGUGAAGAACUAUUGCAAAGUUCCAAGCAGAGAAGAGAUAAUGGCAUAUUUUUUGUCCCACAAAGACCAUAUAUGGUUUUGGGUACUCUUCGUCAGCAAUUGCUCUAUCCUACAUGGACUGCAGAUACGCAUCAGUCACCAACUAAUGACGCUCAGACAAAAGCUCCUCUUUCCUUUCUGUCUGAAGUCUCCACGUCAGAUGGGUUGGGUGCCAAGCCUGAGAUGCCCUCAACUGAUGAACUGAUCAGAGUACUUGAGGUUGUUAGGCUGGGCUACAUAUUGCCACGUUUCAAUGGCAUUGAUUCUGUCCAUGAUUGGGCCAGUGUUCUUUCGCUAGGGGAGCAGCAGCGUCUUGCAUUCGCUCGGUUAUUACUCGCAAAACCAACUCUGGUCCUACUGGACGAGUCCACAAGUGCACUAGAUGACAUAAACGAGGUUCAUCUAUACAGUCAGAUUGAAGCUGCAGGGAUCACAUAUAUAAGUGUCGGUCACCGGAGAACACUUCACAGGUUCCACAACAAGGUUUUGUACAUUUCAAAGUCUGAUUUGACAACUGGCAGCCCUCGUAACUGGGAGCUAAAGCCCACAGAUCAGAAAUCAAUUGAAGAAUCAUCCCCAUUCACAUCAUAA